AUGGCUCCAUUUGAGGCAUUAUAUGGUAGGAGAUAUAGAUCUCUAAUUGGAUUGUUUGAGGUGGGUGAGGUCUUCUUUAUAGGGAUCGAGUUGGUUUAUGAAGGUAUGGAGAAGAUUUUGAGGCGCUAUGGCAAGAUAGCUUAUGAUUUUGAUUUGCCUUCGAUGUUGGCAUUGGUGCAUCCAGUGUUUCAUGUCUCUUUGUUGAAAAAGUGUAUUGGUGAUCUUACCUCCAUUGUUCCAUUGGAAAGCAUUGGUGUGAAAGAUAGACAAUCUUAUGAAGAGGUUUGGGUUGAUAUUUUAGAUUGUCAAGUCCGGAAGUUGAGGAAUAAAGAAGUUUCCUCCAUGAAGGUUCUAUGGAGGAACCAACUAGUUGAAGGUGCUACAUGGGAGGCUGAAGACAAUAUGAUGUCCCAUUAUCCUCAUCUCUUUCCCUCUAUUUCAGCUUGA